CCAUUAUCAGAUGAUUCGGUUACUAAGAAACACUUUCAGUCAUAAAAGAGCAGGAAUGUUUCCUCCAAAGUAAAGGUCCACUCCCUUUUAAAAGAACUUGGCUUGCUCAUAAAACACAAAUCAACCGCACAGGCCAGCCCGUGAAACAGUGAAGACUCGGGCUGUCUACCGCACUGGCAUCCCGGACUGAGCGCCGGCUGGGUGGCACCAGGUAGCGGAGCUUCUCUCGGAGCAAGCACUUCGUGACGGAGAGCAGCGUCUGAGUCAUCGCCGCUUCCAGGGAGAGAACAGGCGAAAUGGACCGAUUAGUGUUCUCUGACAGGGCUUCUGAGAAACUCCGCAUCCUGCAGCAGGGAGUUCGAACCCGGGCCGUGCCACUGAAAGAGGAGAAGUUUCACCGCGGGGUCAGUGACUCAAUUGGGAACAGUUACAGCCCUGCAGCCCAAGACUUCUCCACAUAUUUCAUCUAUAAGCUCCUCGGCUCCAAUGACCCCCUGGAGCAAAGUGAGGAGGAGAUGGCAGGUCUGAAGGUCACUAAACAUCAUGGCAACACGGAGCCCUGCAGGGAAGAGAAGAGACACUGGAGGAGGCAGAGCUACAGACUGAAAGCCCUGGGGGCCAGGCAGAGUGAAGAGCAGCUUAUCAGAGACUCAGCCACCCAGGGAACUGAUUACCAUCCAGAGGCAGUGGACCGGAGCCCCCCGCCGGCGCCGACAGCAGCCCCGCGGACCCGGCGUGCUGGCCAGCCCGGCCCCGCAGAAGGACCAGCCCCGGCCUCCCGCCUGCCUGGCCUCGCCCCGCGGGGAGGGAGCGUCUCGGGCAGGGAAGGGGCACCCAGAGUCACAAAAGAGGGUCUAUGCCAUCGUCCCCAGGGACCCUUUCAAGACACACUGCAGGGCCCUGAGGAAGACCACACGUGUCACGAUGAAGCCACUCGCACUGCUCUGGCUGUUAGGUUCCCCGCCUCAAGCACCUCCACCCACGGUCUGUCACGCCCUGCUUCUCCCACCACGGAGUACCUGCCCAGGUACUGGGAGCUGAUCACUAGCUGCUUUUCCCCGGGGGAGAUCCAGCCCCUCAGCAGGGAAUGGGUGUCCAGGAUCUGCUCCAGAGUCCCCAGGUAUCUGAGGCACAGACACAGCCCAGCCCUCCAGGAGCUGAAACAGGAGGUGGAAGAGGUCUACACAGUGGCCAUGAGGAAAUCCAUCUUGGACUACGUGCUCCUGGAUCCAGAGGAGCAGGAACGCUUGGGCAUCCUUCUGCAGCACAGGUCAUUCAGCAGUGCCGGCCGAGAUGUCUUCCCCUGGCGUGAGCGAGUGAAGAGUGCCCGGACUCGCCUGAGGGGGGCGCUGUUUAACACGCACCCUGUCAUGACCAGGCUCCUCCACAGCUUCGACCACUUCUUUGCAGACUUCACUCUGCUGGAUAUGAGAAGCUUGACCCUUGAGUCACCUUUGACCCUGGGUCAGCUAACUGAUCACAUGAGGGCUACAGCCAGCAGAAGGGCAGGGUAUCUGCAGGAGAGCUGGCUGCAAGACUCCGCCCAUAUCGUCAGGGAGAACCGUGAUGUCAUUGAGGCCUGGAUGCCCCAGGAAGACGAAGCACAGAGGAGAAGGAAGAUGGCACACUUCUUUGGCAGCGUGGCAACUCUGAUGUCCCGACUCCUGAGGAAAGUGUUGGCGCAAUCCCUAGAGGAACUGUCCACCUGGCUGGAUGUUUACAGCCAUGGGAAUAGAUACAUAGAGAGCUACCCAGUAUCCCACCUGGCUCUGCCCACCAAGCCCCAGCCCAUCACAGUCUUCAUGGAGGCGUGUGGGCAGCAGGGGUCUGUCACUCUCUCCCCCUCCCCGGAGGAGCUGGCCCAGGAGCUGUGUGCUGUCGUGGAUCACGUGGUUUGCAGCGUCCAGCGCUUCCCUCGGCUCGAGAGCCAGCUGUUCCAGGCUGUAGAUAAAGCAGAAGCCAAAUUCAUCAGCUCAGUCCAGACAGAGGAAGAGAUGGUGCUGCUCCUGAAGGCCAAGAUAGCAGCUGUGGUGACGGAGAACAGCUAUGGGCCCCAGCGGUACCAGGAUGUAUACGGGCCCUACCUGACCCUGCUGUCUGCACAGAUGGAGAGGCAGCUGCAGGCUUUCGUAGCACAGGGCCCCAGCCUGCGCAGCUGCACCAUGCAGAUGCAGCAGCUGCAGACCAUGCGUGCAGAGAUCGCUGCCUUGCCUGUUCACCUGCCCAUGGAGCUGCUGCUGCUCGACUGCACCCACGUCAACCAGUGCCUGCUGGAACGUACUCACGUGCUGUCUAGACUGAUUGUGAGCAGUGUGAUGUCAUCUUCAGAGAAGUUCUGCCGCGCAGUGUGCCAGCGGUAUGAAAACAUCGUUGCCAGGGUGACAGAAGUCGCCACGACAACAGCGUCCCUUGUUGAACUGCAGAGCUAUGUGGAGGGGCUGUGGAGCGGAGAACUGCUGGAGUUACAGGAGAAGCUGGACCAGGCUGCAGCCAGGCUGCUGUUCCUCCUUGAAUGGGGCUGCCUGUCCCGUGAGGAGCUCAUUCUGUACAGCAACACCUUCUCCUGGCCACACAGGGUAGCCCCCAUCCUUCACAACAGUGAAGUGCAGUUGCAACGUCAGCGGGACCAGGCUGUGCAGAGACUGCGGGCAAGGCAGGGGGCACUGGCAGGCCGUCUGUCGGAGACUGCCGCUCUUAUCAAGGGGUUCCAGCGGAAAGAGAGGAUGGCUGAGGCUCAACGCUACGUGGAACAAUUACAAGACAUCAGCUGGACAAUUCAGGGCUUCAUUCAGGAGAAGGAGGGGAUUAACCAGGAGGAGGCGCUGCUGGAGACGGGCUCUCUCAGCCCCUACCCUGAGAUCGCCGAGCUGCAGCGGGCCAAGGAGCCCUACGAGCGCCUCUGGGGGGCAGCACUGAGCUUCACCACACAGUACCAGCGCUGGCUGUCCACUCCCCUGGCCCUCCUCAACGCGCAGGAGGUGCAGGAGCAGGUGCAGGAGCUGUGGCGGACCAGCUACCGGCUGACGAAGGAGCUGCACCCCCCAGAGCUCCACGGCCCCCUGAAAGCUGCCACCUCCAUCAAGACCAGGCUGGACAAGUUCCGGACGCACCUGCCCCUCAUCAGUGCCCUCUGUGCCCCGGGCAUCAAGCAGCGCCACUGGGACCUCAUGAGCGAGAAGGUGGGGGUGACCCUGGCGCCCCGAGAAAGCGUGCCGCUGGGUGAGCUGCUGGGCCAGGGACUGGAGCGCCACCUGGAGGCCCUCAGCGAGGUGGGCACGCAGGCGGGGAGUCAGCUGGCGCUGGAGGAAGCACUGGGGGGCAUGGCCCAGGAGUGGCAGCCGGUCCGCCUCACGCUGGUGCCCUACCGAGAGAGCGGGACGCGCGUGCUGGCGGCAGUGGACGACGUGCAGACCCUGCUGGAAGACCAGCUAGUGAAGACCAGUGCCAUGAAGGGCUCCCCUUUCAUCGGACCCUUCCUCGGCCAGCUCCUGGAGUGGGAGAGCCAGCUGAGGCUGCUGCAGGAUGUUUUGGACAGCUGGGUGCAGGUGCAGACUGGUUGGCUGUACCUGGAGCCCAUCUUCAGCUCCCCCGACCUCCGAGAGCAGAUGCCCAGCCAAGGAGUACUUUUCCAGGCUGUGGACAGAACCUGGAGAGAGCUGAUGCACGAUUCAGAGCAGGAGGGCGACGUACUGAAGCUUCUCUCCCAGCGCCCCCUGCUGGACAGACUGCGGCAGGCCCAGGACAUGCUCGAAGAAAUUCAGAAAGGACUGAGCGACUAUCUGGAGAGGAAGAGGCUCUUUUUUCCAAGGUUCUUCUUCCUGUCCAACGAGGAGCUGCUGGAGAUCCUGUCCGAGACGCGGGACCCCCGGCGCGUCGAGCCCCACCUGCGCAGGAUCUUCCCGGGCGUGGCGCGGCUGGGCUUCUCCCCGCCGGGCCCGCCCCCGGCCCUGCUGUCCUUCCUGGAGUCGGCGCGGGGCGAGCGGGUGGCUCUGGCCAGCAGGAUCGUGCCCUCGGAGGCCCAGGGGCUGGUGGAGAAGUGGCUCCAGCAGGUGGAGAAGGGGAUGCAGGAGUCUCUCCGGCAGGUGCUGCAGCUCUCUCUCCGUGCUCAUUCCCAGAGCCCGAGGGAAAAGUGGCUCCUGCAGUGGCCCGGACAGGUGGUUCUGACAGCCAGAAUGAUCUUCUGGACCGCUGAGGUGUCCCAGGUGCUUUCCCAGAGAGGAAGCCUGCAGGGCUGUCUGGACAGGAGCAGUGCACAGCUAGAGGAAAUGGUGGGGCUGAUCAGAGGGCCGCGCAGCGAGCUGGACAGGAUCACGCUGAGCGCGCUCAUCACGGUGGAAGUGCACGCUCGAGAUGUGGUGGUGCAGCUCCAUAACAAGGGGGUUUGCGAUACCAGUGAUUUCCAGUGGGUGGCGCAAUUGCGGUAUUACUGGGAAGGGGAGCAGGUGGUGGUGAGGAUGAUCACUGCAAGGGUUGACUAUGGCUAUGAGUACCUGGGCAACACAGGGCGCCUGGUAAUCACCCCUCUGACUGACCGCUGCUACAGGACGCUGCUGGGGGCUUUCCAGCUGAAUCAUGGUGGGGCACCGGAAGGCCCAGCCGGGACGGGAAAGACAGAGACCUGUAAGGACCUGGCGAAGGCUGUGGCCAAGCAGUGUGUGGUGUUCAACUGCUCUGACGGGCUGGACUAUCAGGCCAUGGGGAAGUUCUUCAAGGGCCUGGCCCAGUCAGGGGUGUGGGCCUGUUUUGACGAGUUCAACCGCAUUGAGCUGGAGGUCCUGUCAGUGGUGGCUCAGCAGAUCCAGACAAUCCAGCGAGCUAUAUCCCAGAGAGUCCAGACCUUUGUGUUUGAGGGGACACUCUUGACCCUGGACCCCACUUGCUGCAUUUUCAUCACCAUGAACCCCGGAUACGCAGGCCGGACUCCACUCCCAGACAACCUCAAGGUGCUGUUCCGCACGGUGGCGAUGACUGUGCCCGACUAUGCCCUGAUCGCCGAGAUCUCCCUCUAUGCCAUGGGCUUCAUCCAAGCCCGGGGUCUGGCCGCCAAGAUUGUAGCUACAUACAGACUCUGCUCUGAGCAGCUCUCCUCUCAGCACCACUACGACUAUGGGAUGCGCGCAGUGAAGUCUGUCCUGACAGCUGCUGGGAACCUGAAGAUCCGCCAGCCAGAGGAGAGGGAGGACAUUUUACUGUUGCGCUCCAUUACGGACGUCAACCUGCCCAAGUUUCUCUCCCAGGACAUCCCACUCUUCCGCAGUAUCAUUCAGGACCUGUUCCCUGACGUACGGUUGCCCACCCCUGACCAUGUGCUCCUAGAAAGAACUAUCCAGGAGGUCGCGCACAGCCUGGCUCUGCAGCCCCAGGCAUGGUUCAUCACCAAGAUCAUCCAGAUUUACGAGCUCAUGCUGGUGCGGCACGGAUUCAUCCUCGUCGGCGGUGCAGGCGGGGGGAAGUCCAGCGCCCUGCGGGUCCUGGCUGGGGUCCUGGGGCGGCUAGCAGAGCAGGGGCUGCUGGGAGAGCUUCCCGUGGAGGUCUUCACCCUGAACCCCAAGGCCAUCUCCAUGGCGACGCUCUACGGGCGCUUCGAACCCACGUCGCGGGAGUGGAGCGACGGUGUGCUGUCGUCAGCGUUCCGAGCGCAGGCCUGCAGCCUGACCAGCAGCCGGCGCUGGCUGGUUCUGGACGGCCCGGUGGACGCAGAGUGGGUAGAGAACAUGAACACCGUGCUUGACGACAAUCAGAAGCUGUGUCUGAUGAGUGGGGAGACCAUCCAGAUGAGUCCCCAGCAGAACAUCAUCUUUGAGGUCCUGGACCUGGAACGUGCCUCCCCGGCCACCAUCAGCAGGUGUGGGAUGAUCUAUAUGGAACCCCGAGACCUGGGCUGGGAGCCCCUGCUCCAGUCCUGGCUGGAUAGGCAACUACCCCCCUCCUUCUCCCCAGGCCACAAACAGCUGAUACAGACGUUGCUGCAGUGGCUGUUGCCGCCUUGUCUGGAGUUCGUGGAGAGAACCUGCUGCCCUGUGGUGCCCACCUCCCCCCUGCACCUCACCGCAACGCUGCUCGCCCUGUGCCGCAGCCUGCUGGCCGAGACCAGGUACUGCACAUGGAGGACCCCUCCUACCGCGGCUCUGGGCAAGUGGCGUUGUAAAGCCCGCAUUGCGUUCAGCCAGUUCUUCCACGGGCUGUGUGAGGGAGAUUCCCACUGCCCCCGGCCCAAAGAGCUGCAUGUAGCAGCCCGGGGGCUGCUAAUGCCCAGGAGGCACAGUGUGUUUGACUGUGUGUACCAAAGCACAGGCUGGCACCCCUGGAGUGACCUGGUCUCACCCACUUCCCUGCCUGACAGCACCACGAUGGACAACAGGCUCACUCGUCUUCUGCUGAGAGACACAGUGGUGGUCACCCCACAGACAGAGAUACAGAGGUUCUUCCUGGAGCGGCUCGUUCUGCGGGGGUCCACCCUGCUGCUGGUGGGCCCCCCCGGUGCGGGCAAGACCCACACGGCUCGUGGCUUCCUGCACCAGCUGCCUCCAAGCACCCACCAUGCCUGGCACCUCACCCUCUGUUCCCAGACCACCGCCCAGCGCGCUCAGGACACGCUGCUGAUGGGGCUGGAGAGGGUCAGAAAAGGUGUUUAUGGCGCCCCCCCUGGGAAACAGAUGGUAGUGUUUGUAGAUGACCUCAGCCUGCCGGCUACAGAGCCUGCAGGGGCCCAGUCUGCCCUUGAGCUGCUGAGACAGCUGCUGGAGCAUCGGUUCUGUUUUCACAGUAAGGACGGCAGUAGGCUGCAGCUCCAGGACACCGUGUUCCUGUCUGCAAUGACGCCCCCCAGUGGCAGGAGGCAGGCAGUGUGCCCCCGGCUGCUCAGGCACUUUGCCGUCCUCUCCAUUGACGCCCUGACCGGCGAUACGCUGAAAUCGAUCUUCCUGCCUCUGACGGAGCGCCACUUCGGGCGUGGAUUUGAGACGUCACUGCGCCGCUAUGCAAGGAUCCUGGUCUGGGCCACAGCAGAGGUGUAUGCCCAGACUGUGGUGACCUUCCUGCCCACGCCUUCCAAGUCCCAUUACGCUUUCAACCCGAGGGACGUCUCUCGAGUCAUCCAGGGCCUGGCUCUCCUGAGGGGGGACGUGGUGCCCGCAGGUGCGGAGGGAGCCAGGAAGCUGAUGAGGCUGUGGGUCCAUGAGGUGUGGCGCGUCUUCGCCGACAGGCUCCAGGACAGCAAGGACAGGCGGCGCUUCUACAGCAUUGUCCAGGGAGUGGUGCGCACUCAGUUCAAGGAGAAGACGUCCUCGCUGUUUGGUCACCUGGCCUGCGGCAGGGAGGUGUGCGAGGAGGACCUCCGGGGCCUCUUCUUUGGAGAUUAUCUGCCAUCUCAAGGGGAGGGAGGGGCUCCCCGUUACUAUGAUGAAAUCACAGACACCCAGAGACUGCAGCAGGCCAUGCAGAGCUAUCUGCAGGAGUACAACGCCGGGUCCAAGACCCCUCUGGACCUGGUGCUGUUCCAGUUCGCUGUCGAGCACAUCUCCAGGCUGGCCAGAGUCUUCGCGCUGCCAGGGGAACAUGCCCUGCUUAUUGGCAUGGGAGGUAGUGGGCGGCACUCUGCCACGCGAUUGGCUGCCUACAUGUCAGGCGUGGAGGUCUUCCAGGUCAAAGUUCAGCGGUCGUACUCGCUAUCUGAUUGGCAUGAGGACCUGAGACGCCUGCUGAGGGGGCCGGGCCUACAGGGGACCCCCACUGCCUUCCUGUUCUCAGACCACCAGAUCAAGGAUGAGUCUUUCCUGGAAGAGCUCAGUCUGAUCCUGAGCAGUGGGGAGAUCCCUGGGCUGUUUGACAAUGAGGAGAGACUGAACAUCAUCCACAAGAUGCAGCAGCUCUCUUCCACUCAGGGACAGUCCCCAGCCUCUCUAUACACCACGUUUGUGCAGCGUAUUCGCUCUCUCCUCACUGUGGUCCUGGCCUUCAGUCCCAGUGGCUCAACCCUGCGAGACCGUCUGCGUCGAGCCCCGGCCCUCCUCAACUGCUGCACCAUUGACUACUUCCAGGCCUGGCCAGACGACGCCCUGCAGAAGGUGGCAUGUCACUUCCUGGAUGAUGUGGAGCUCUCGCAGGAAGUGCGGGCAGGAGCAGUCUUCCUGUGUAAAUACAUCCACCAGAGUGUUGCUGCUCUGUCUGAGAGGUUUUAUGCCUCCCUGCAAAGGAGAACCUAUGUGACUCCCAAUUCCUACCUGGAGCUGCUGAAGACCUUUCGGAGCCUCCUGGAGAGACAGCGUCUGGAGCUGCUGACCGACAGAGAGCGCUACCUCACUGGGCUGGAGAGACUGGACCUCGCCUCGACACAGAUCGCCGAGAUGCAGCAGGAGCUGAAGGAGCUGGAGCCACUCUUGGUGCAGCGCAGCGCAGAGACCGAAGAGCUGCUGGGGGUUAUCGCCAAAGAGACGCGUGAGGUUGAGGCCGUGAAAAGAGAAGUGGAGGCCGAUGAGGCCACGGCCAACAGCGCAGCCCUGGAGGCUCAGAGCAUCAAGGAGGAGUGCGAGCAGCAGCUGAGUGUGGCCCUGCCGGCCCUGGAGGCGGCGGUGGCAGCCCUGGACACGCUGAGGGGCAGUGACAUCACGCUGGUCAAGACCAUGCAGAACCCCCCAGCGGGCGUGCGCAUCACCCUGGCAGCCGUGUGCGUGCUCAAGGGCAUCAAGCCAGAGAAGAGGGUGGACAGCGUGGGGAGGAGCACUGACGACUACUGGCCUGCCGCCAAGAAGAUGCUGGGGGACAUGAAGUUCCUAGAAUCUCUGAAGGACUUUGACAAGGACAACAUCCCACCACGUGUGAUGGCCCAGAUCAGACGGGAUUUCAUCUCCAGUGAGGAGUUCCAGCCUGCAGCAAUCCGAGCAGUGUCUUCUGCCUGUGAGGGGCUGUGCAGCUGGGUCAGGGCCAUAGAGGUCUAUGACAGAGUGGCCAAGAUUGUGGCACCAAAGAGGGCCUGUCUGAGCGUGGCACAGACAGAGCUCGAAGAACAGCAGGCAAAACUGGCAGCCGCCAGAUCGGAGCUCAGUGCCGUGACCGACAGACUGGCGGGGCUGCAGGAGAGACUGGCACGCCAGCUGCAGGAGAGAAGCCAGCUCCAGGACAGCAUCACACACACCAGGCUGAAGCUGCAGCGUGCGGAGAGGCUGAUCAGCAGUCUCGGGGGGGAGAGGGAGCGCUGGCAGGAGGUGGCCAGUCGUCUUGGGGACUCGUACCAGAACAUUGCAGGAGAUGUGUUGCUGAGUGCUGGCAUGGUGGCCUAUCUGGGGCCCUUCACCCCUGGCUUCAGACAGGAGGUGUUGUCCGAAUGGCAGUCCCAGUGUGUGCGUCAGCAAGUGCCAGUGUCGCCCCACUUUUCUUUGUCCUCUACCUUGGGUGACCCCCACACCAUCCUAGAGUGGCAGCAGUGUGGCCUGCCUCGAGACACGUUCUCGGUGGAUAACGCCCUGAUCGUGCGUCACGCUGAGCGCUGGCCCCUGCUGCUGGACCCUGAGGGCCAGGCUGGGCUGUGGAUCAAGACCAUGGAGAGAGACAGCCAGCUUCAGGUCUGUCGGGCUGGGGAGAGGGGCUACCUCCGCACCCUAGGCAACUGCAUACAGUUUGGGACUCCUGUCCUGUUGGAGGGGUUGGGAGAGGAGCUGGACCCUGUACUGGACCCCCUCAUGCUGAAGCAGACAUUCCAGCAGGCAGGGGUAGAUUACCUAAUCCUUGGGGAGACCACCUUGCCCUACAGCCCCCACUUCAGACUCUACCUCACCACCCACCUGCCCAACCCACACUACCUGCCUGAGACCGCCGCCAAGGUGACCCUGGUGAACUUCAUGGUGACCCCACGGGGCCUGCAAGAGCAGCUCCUGGGUAUCUUGGCCGCCAAGGAGCGACCGGAGCUGGAGGAGACGCGGACACGUCUGUACCAGGAGGGCGCGACUCUCAGGAAGCAGCUGCAGGAGAUAGAGGAGGAGGUGUUGCGAGUGCUCUCAGGGUGCCAGGGCAGCAUCCUGGAGGACGAGAGUGCUCUCUCCGUCCUGGCCUCCAGUCGCUCUCUCGCUCGUGAAAUUCUGGAGCGCCAGACAGUCACGGCAGCAACCGAGAAAGAAAUCGAGGCCACAUGGGAUGAGUAUCGGCCGGUGUCCAGCCAGUGCAGUCUGCUGUUCUUCGUGCUGUGGGACCUGGCCCGGGUGGAGCCCGCGUACCAAUUCUCUCUGCGCUGGUUUCUCAGGCUCUACAGUGCCUCCAUCUGUCAGAGUCAGAGGGCCACAGCCCUGCAGGAGAGGAUAGAGCACCUCAACGCACACUUCACCUCCAGUGUGUACGAGAGGGUGUGUCGCUCGCUGUUCGAGAGGCACAAGCUGCUCUUCUCCUUCCUGCUGUGUGUGGGUCUGCUGCGCGGCCAGGGGGAAGUCGACCAAGCCGAGUGGGGCUUUUUGCUAACCGGGGGCGUGACCCUACAGGCCCCGCCCUCAAACCCCGCCCCCGACUGGCUUCAAGAGCCAUCCUGGAGAGAGCUGGUGUGCCUGUCUUCCCUGCCUGCCUUCACUGGACUCCAGGAACACUUUACUGCCAAUACGGAGGAGUGGAGGAGGCUGUACGAUGCCACCCAGCCCAACCUGCAGCCUCUGCCCACGCCGUGGCAGGAUGCCCUCUCCCCCUUCCAGAGACUGCUGGUGCUACGCUGUCUGCGGCCCGACAAGCUUAUACCCGCUAUCCUGCAGUUCAUUUCUGACCACUUGGGACCGGCCUACGUUGAGCCACCGACCUUUGACCUCCAGCGCAGUUUUGCGGACUCCUCCAACUGUACCCCACUGGUGUUUCUCCUGUCCCCCGGCUCCGAUCCCAUGGCCGUGCUGCACAGAUUUUCACAAGAGCACGGGCCAGAGGGAGCGGUGCUGUGCAGUGUGUCUCUUGGCCAGGGGCAGGAGCACAUCGCGCGGAGGCUGAUGGAGAAGGCUGCAGAGGAGGGGAGCUGGGUGGUGUUACAGAACUGCCACCUGGCCGGAGCCUGGCUGGGCGAGCUGGGGGAGCUGUGCGAGGGGCUGCUCUCCGACCCGACGCGACCUCAGCCCUCGUUCCGCCUCUGGCUGACCACCUACCCCUGCCCCGCUCUCCCGCCUGCCCUGCUGCGGGACAGUGUGAAGAUCACCAGCCAGCCCCCCCGGGGUCUGCGAGCCCGCAUGCAGCGCUGCUACGCCGCCCACCCCAUCUCGGACCCCGAGUUCUACAGCAGCUGCAGCACACAGAGGGAGUGGGGCCGGCUGCUGUUCGCACUGUGCUUUUUCCAUGGUGUGGUUCAGGAGCGCUGUCAGUACGGUUCUCUGGGCUGGAGCGCACCAUAUGAGUUCAACGACUCCGACCUCCACAUCAGUGCCAGGCAGCUGCAGAUGCUGCUGAGUGAGACUGGCAGGGUGCCGUGGGAAGCUCUGAUCUACUUGACAGGAGAGUGUAACUAUGGGGGCCGCGUCAUUGAUGACUUCGACCGCCGGCUGCUGCUCUGCCUGUUAAACACCUGCUACUGCCCCCUGCUGCUCAGUGACCACAAUUACAGCUUUUCUCCCAGUGGUGUGUACCGCCUGCCACCAGAGGGCGGCAUUCAAGAGGUCCUGGAGUACAUUAAGGGCCUGCCACUGAGUGAACACCCUGAGGUGUUUGGUCUGCAUGAGAAUGCCAGCAUCGCCAAGGAAACUAAAGAGACCAGCCAGCUGUUUGAGAGCAUCCUGGGCACGCUGCCCAGGGAGGUGAGUGCUGUGGGCAGGUCUUCUUGUGAGCUGGUGGCGGAGCUGGCUGCUGACAUCUUGUCCCGUAUACCUCCUGCCUUCAACACUGAUGACAUCGUGCGGCGCCUCCCCCCUCGGCACGCCGAGUCGAUGAACGCGGUGCUGACGCAGGAGCUGGGGCGCUUCAACCAGCUGACGGGCACAGUGCGGGACAGUCUGACACAGCUGGGCCACGCACUGAGGGGACAGACGCUCAUCACCCCUGAGCUGGAGGACACCUCCAACAGCCUGCUGCUGGGCAAGGUGCCAGCCCUGUGGUCUGCCCGCUCAUACCCAUCUCUCAAGCCCCUGGGCAGCUACAUUGCCGACCUGCUGCAGCGGCUCCAGUUCUUCCAGAGCUGGGUGGACAGAGGUCUUCCCUCGGAGUUCUGGAUCUCUGGGUUCUAUUUUCCUCAGGCUUUCCUGACAGGGGCUCUACAGAACCAUGCACGCCGCCACCACCUGCCGGUAGACCAGCUGAGCUUCAGCGUGGCAGUGACAUGUCGAGAGAGAGAGUCAGUGGCAAGCACAGAGACAGACACUGAGAGCCAGGGAGAUACUGUCCCUAACAAAGAAAGUGAAGGAGACAGUGACCCCAACAGGUGCCCAAGGAUUCAGGAAGAAACUGUGACUGAUCCUGAGAGUGAUUCCACCAACCUCUCUGAUCAGAACUAUGGUGUACAUAUCUAUGGGCUGUACAUGGAGGGAGCUCGCUGGGAUCGGGAGAGGGGAGCAAUAGGAGAGUCCCUACCAAAAAUCCUGUACGAUUGCCUGCCUGUUAUAUGGCUGCGGCCCCGUGAAAGGUCCAGCCUGACCGAAACUGACCAGGUGUACAUCUGCCCAGUGUAUCAGACCGCCGAGCGUGGUGGUCAGUCCUACCCGGGCCGGUGCAGUAACCUGGUGCUGACCCUGUCCCUGCCAUCCCAGGAGCCACCCAGUCACUGGGUGAGACGGGGUGUCGCCUGCCUGUGCCAGCUGCACUACUGACAAGCAGUCCUGCUCCAUCUUUUUAAAAU